AUGGCCAAUCCUGCAGCCCUCACAAAGUGUGCUUUCUACAGCCCAUGGUGGCUCAUGAAGACAAAUUGGAAAUCUUCGCAGGCUUCGGAAGGAAACCGAGCUUUGCGCAGCCACAUUUUCGAUUGGCAAACUCGUAUCAAAAGUUUCCUUGUGCAGUUUCAAUUCGAGAACCCCGUUCUAAACGUCUUGGAGAACGUUGGCUGUCCCUUGUUGGAGACCAAGUGGCCCUUCCCCAACUCUACCUAG